UUUAUUUCCUAUUUUUGUGAGGAGACAACCAAGGGGUUCGACACUCAAAAAAGGACUAGAAAAUGAAAAAAUUUGAUGCGCGGGAAUCAGUUCUACAAAUAAAAGAGAAGAAAAAGAUGCUUGAAACGCCCCAAUAUGAUAUAGUCCAAAUGAGAAAAAAAGGGGAAGUGGCGACUAAAAAUUUAUUUUUCGUCACUUUGAGAAGUAAGAGGUAAAAAAGUGAAAAAAAAUUGAAAAAAGUGAAAAAAAUGAAUCUUUUCGGAAAAAAAGUAGAAUUUUCGCAUAUUUGGUUUGUUUCAGUUGAAUGUAGACUACUUUGUCGUGCGGUUCUGAACACCUGUAUCUGCGAUCUAGUGCCAAGAGUGACGAAAAUGGGGGAAAACUGUGUUUUUUCUAUUCUGCAUACAGAAUUUGACAUAAAUGUUACCCCAAAAAUCAAGUGCAUAUUAUUAAAGCUCGGUUAUAGUUCUUUUCGUACUUUGGCUCGAAUAAAUCCCGAUUGUGCUGAAUUAGAACAUUUUGUAAGAACAAUCCUUGCUGAUGUAGAUUACGUUGCUGACUUACCCGAAGCUGAGAAAGUCAGCAUUUUUGGAGAAAUGUUUGCAAAAAUUCCUUCGAAGUUUAGUUUUAUGCCAGGAGAAAAAGCUUUAAUUGCUGAUGUUGUUGACACUGCUCAAAAAAUAACAGCGCGAAGUCAAGAAAACUUUUCCUAUGACAUUUUACCGUCAUCAGGACGCAAAAGAAAGAGAGUGUCUACCUUCAGUUCAUCAGAGUCAGGGAGAAAAAAAAUAACAGUGCUGAUGGCUUGGCUGAUAUGCCUGUGAAUGGAGGAUUACAAGAAGUUAGCCCUACUAAUGUUCUUCCCAUAGAUUCUGUGAUGCGAGUCGUAAGUCGUGCUGCAAAUGUUUCAGAAGGCCAAAGUGAUAUGACAAACGUUACGUUAGAAGGAACACUUGAAGAAACACAAAAUACUACACGCGUGAUAAGACGAAAGGGAAAAUCGUUACAGGAAUACUUAUUCAAUUGGAUUUCAAAAAGCAAACUUCGUGAUACGUGGGAUUUACCGUCUAUUAAAUGGACGAUUGACAAUCAUGAAAGCGAACAGCCUAAAAUUACUUGUUCUACGUGUAAAAUAGCGCCGUUUAACGUAAAUGGUGACAAACAUGUCGGCUGGAAAUUUUCUGCUUAUGUGAAUCACAUCAAUAAUUUCCACAAAAGGAAGCACGGUCAUGAUGCUACAAGUCAUGGGGCAACCCCAGGAACCAGUGGUCAAAGUAAUCAAGCCCAAAUUUCACAAUCACAACCUAAUAGACUUUGCUCCGGAGCAUCUUCAUCAGAAACUGUCGGGUCGGAACCUUCUAACUUGCCUUCUAAUGAGAGCCAGGUUUUCAGUAACGGACAGCAGUAGUGAGUCGUACUCUGUCCAGAAAACGCAAUCAAAAGACUCAAGCUCAAGAAGAACAUUGCUUCAACGCUUGAACAUUCAAGCUAGCGUUCAAAUUAAAAAAAACCUGGUGGAUAUCGUUACGACAAGGAUAUUGGACUAUUACAUUUUGCCAUGUACAGUUAUAUUCAGGGUGGUCGUAAAUUUUAUGAAGUGUUAAGUGCUAAUUUUGAAGGAAUAUUUCCUAGUUGCAGAACUAUUGAGAGAAAAUUAUCCUCGUUUCACAAAUCAGUACCCGAAGGAGAAGUAAAUGUUGCGUUACUUAAAGAAAUUUUGGAUAAACAUAGACUGCCACCAGUCGUUUCCAUUGCGGAAGACGGAACAGCCAUCGUCGGACAGAGAGAAUACGAUAAAAGGACAAACAGAGUCAUUGGAUUUAGUCUUCCGCUGCGAUGCAAUGGAUUUCCCGAUUCGCUAGCUUCUUCUGUCAGGACCGCCGAGGAUAUUGUUAAUUUAUUCGAAAAAUAUGAACGUGCAGCUGUGGUUAUCACUGUUAUGGCGCAAACCAUGGAUGAGCAAAUCCCGGCUAUCCGGAUUGCUUCUUUCUGUUCAAACAACAGAUUUACGGCAGACGAUGUUAAGCACAGGGCUAAUUAUAUUGAAGCCGAACUAAACAAGUUGGGAAUCCGAAUGCUUACAUAUUCCGCAGACGGAGACAGUAGAGAAAUGAAAAUGAUGCGCCAAGUUUUGAAUUUAGGUGCGCUUCCCCCCGUCUCUCACGACAAAAAAAGGCAGAAGCGCACAACAAAUAGCUGACGAAACGGGUUGGCUACUGAAACGACAAUGGGAUUUUUUCGCCGCCGAUGUAAUAAACAGUGCAGUGCCAGUACAAGACACAGUUCACAUAGGCGCAAAAUUUCGAACGCGGUUACUGAAAAGAGACCGAGCUACAUUUCUCACAAUAGGUAAAGGGAUUGCUUCGGUGUCUGACCUUGAACAACUCUUAACAGAAGUUACCAAAGGGCAGCACCACUUAAAAAAUGGUGAUCUAAAUUUGCACGACAAAAUGAAUUACGAUGCUGUAAGAAGACUGUGUGACCCUUGUGUCACUGAUAUUCUGUGCGACAAAGUAGCAGGUUCAGAAGUAACGUGCUUCUAUCUUAAGCUAAUGAGACUAAUAACAGCAAGUUAUUUGGAUAAAAGCUUAUCACCACUAGACAGAAUAUAUGGAAUAUGGUAUUCUUGUCUCGCUUUACGGUAUUGGCGACAUUGGCUUCAAGAAAACGGAUACAAACUAGAUAUUAAUUUCAUCACCCUCAACGCGUACAUGUGUGUUGAGAUAAAUGCCCACUCCUUAGUCCUCAUAUCAAGGAGACUAAGAGAGAAUGGAACUCCUCAUCUGUUUCGGCCGUGGCAUUUUGGGAGUCAGAGCUGCGAAUCUUUUUUUCGACUUGUCCGGUCGUUGACUUCAACAGAAUCGACCCAAGUAAAUUUAAGUGGAAAAGGUUUUUUCAGUCGUAGCGAGAGAGCGGAUGCCGCAAACCAACUUCUGGGAGAAGGAGAAAACGAUGGAGUUUAUUUCCCGAGGUUUACUCAUGCUUUUGAAGACCAGAGCCAAGACGAUGGCAAAAAUAUUUCUUUCAAUCUUCCUUCUCAUUUACCCUCCGAUGAGGAAAUCGAACGUAUAAUUCGCAAGGCCAUGGUAGAUGUUGACCAUCAGUUUCAAUUAUUAGGUGUGAAAAUGAGAGGAAAAAAGAAAUUUAUGUUCAAUCAAGAACUAGUUCAACGAAUCAAUGUGUCUCGAAAAGAUAAGGAACACCCUGCAGCAUUGAUUGAUAGCAACUUGCUGUUGGAGUUGGAUGACUCCGGUGCAGAAGAAACAGCGGUCGAGGAAAACGUCCAGCCAUGUCCUGACGCGGGUGAUGAAUAUGACAUAGAUGUACUGAAGUCUCUUGGAAUGGCCCAGCUAAGAGAUUUUUCUCAUUUGGUUUCUCGCCAGCUUGAGUCUAGCGCUUUUGCUAGUAUCAUUUGUAAUAAUGGAUCGCAAAUUGUCGUUAAAAAAAGCGCGGUCGUGUGGUUUUGUGAAAAUUCAGUUCGGCGAUUAAGCAAUGAUCGCACUUUACGAGUCAUGCAGUUGGCAAAUUUUUCCGAAAGAAGAAAAUUAAAAAUAACUUCUGUUUCAACUCGAAAAGUUGUACAAAUUGGAGACUGGUGUCUUUUUCGGAAUUUGGAAGGGAAUGGUUUUUUUUGGGGCGAGUUCUCUCUUUUGCAUACUUUAACAGCACUAAAAAAUCUAUUUCCAUGUUUGAAUGGAUAGUUGAUCAAAAAGACCAUGAGGUUGGGGUACUCUGCAUAUGGUAUAAACUAGAUAUAAAUCAAUCUAUAUUUUCGGGAAAAUUAAUCGAAGUACAUGUCCAUCAUGGUUUUCACCCUUGUGUUUCGUAUAUUUGUAGUUGUCCUUCUCCAACAUUUACGUUUGAUGCCCAAGGUUCAAAACAAUUGUUUUUUACCAAUGCAACAGUUAACCAACUAUCAAAUUUUCUCAAGGACAUGACAUUAUCAAGGGACUAAAUAAACUAUUCCGACUCACUACA